CAGUCAUUUUUUUUCUUUCUUCAAAAUGGUACGGGGCAAAAAGAGAAGGCUGACCCUGUGGGAGUAUAUUCGUCGCGAAAACACAGCAAGGCAAGUCCGAGAGCAGCGAGCACGGGAAGUAGUAGUCGCAUUAGCAGUAGCAGCAGCAGCAGCAGCAGCAGCAGCAGCAGCAGCAGCAGCCUCUGCGAGCGAUGCUGCCGACGCGUCUUCCGCAGCCUCUAGCAGUGCCGCCAGCGAGCUCUCCCCAGCCGCCGUGGAGGCGAUCGUUCAGAACAUGACCAAGACACAGCGCGGGCUGUUCAACAAAGUCUGGAAGACGCGUGAACGUCUCUUGUAAGAAAAGGAAAAAAAAAAACGGGCAAAGUGAUUUGGGAAAUUUGCGGUGAAAUGGAGAACAGUCUGAACAAGCAGCAGAUUGACGAUGCUGGAGCGGAGGCGGUUGCCGAGGCACUCAAAGUGUCGACGCUGCUGAUUCUCGAGCUGGAAACGAAUCAGAUUGGCGAAGGUGGAGCGCGAGCAAUUGCCGAGGCACUCAAAGUGAACACGCCGCUGACUACGCUCAUGCUGCAUCAGAAUCAGAUUGGCUAUGCUGGAGCGCUUGCGAUUGCUGAGGCGCUCGAAGUGAACGACACGCUGAUUUAUCUCGGACUGAACGCGAAUCAGAUUGGCGCCGCAGGAGCGCAGGCGAUUGCUGAGGCACUCAAAGUCAACAGGGGACUGAUUCAGCUCUUUUUGCAUGAAAAUCAGAUUGGCGACGCUGGAGCGCAGGCGAUUGCUGAGGCACUCAAAGUGAACAAGACAUUGUGGCGUCUCAAUCUGGACAAGAAUCGGAUUGGCGAUGCUGGAGCACAGGCGAUUGCUGAAACACUCAAAGUGAACAAGAUGCUGAUCGAGCUCAGUUUAAGAUGGAAUUGCAUUGGCAAUCGUGGGAGUCAAGCGCUUGAUGAGGCACGCAAAGUCAACGGUUUUAGAGAACUUUUUUCCGAACUGCAGAUCAACCCUCUUGUUUUCUCCUGGCUUCCGCGAGUGGCAACUGCUGAAGACCUGCAGACCGUAUUCUGUUUGCUGACUAGCGGGUUGGAGCUGGAGAAUCAAUCCGCAUCGCUUCCAGCACUUCCAGCCGAGAUUGCCGAUAUUAUUAUGGAGGACGCGCACUACUGGCAAGGCGUGCAGCACACCAGAGGAAAUGAAUUUUUCGAAGACAAGAACCACCCACCUCUGAGCGUUACAGUGCCUCGGGAUGUCACUGGAAGCCCGAUUCGUAUGAAAGCGAUUCAAGUGAUUCGUGAGAUGCAAUUCCCCGACACCACACUUGGCGUUUGUUUUGAAUUGAGCGUUCGAGAUGGGCGAGGUGUUGCUCGAUACCAGUGUGCUGUGAAACCAACUCGCAUCGAUUCAAGCAUUGGCCUCGUGUUGCUCAGGCCAGGCAGCCAUCCUAUCUUUGAACAACUGCGCGAGGGCUGGGAGGUUUUGCUUCAACCCAGCGUCUAUGGUAUGCAGGUUGGCAUCGAAUCGCUUACUCUUGCAUACAUCUAGCACCAAUCUGUGGAAUAUUAAUCUUUUGGUGCAAACCGCAAGUCCAUUCAAGGCUGGAAACAAAAAAAAAAACCGUGUUCUACGCAAGACUCGAAAGCAGACCAAGUUGCUUGCUUGGUUGUGAUUCUCGUCACCUGCUUUGGAGCUUGUCCUGCUUCUCAAUACAUCCUUCUUGUUUGAUAA